AUGUUUGUAACCAAUGACAAGCAAGUUAAAAAUUUACCAUUAGAAAAUUCAACAUUAUUGAAAAGAGCAAAUGAAUUGGAACUUUAUCUCUAUCCAGAUUGGUUAAAAAUCGAAAAAGAUAAGAUAAAUAAUGAAGCAGUUUUAAAAGGUCUAACAUAAAAUGAAAUUCAAAAUCUUCUAAUAAAAGCUUCACCCUUUUCUGCUUAUGAAGAAGCUCAAGCAAAGGUAAUAAUGGUUGUUGGAUAAACAGGAUCAGUAAAUGAGUAAACUGGAAAAGCCUAGUCUAUGAGUUAGACUAGAGAUGUUAAUGUAUAUUAUGUUAAAUCCCAUCAAGAAGGUUUCCCACCUAUAAUAUUAGUAGAUACUCCUGGUUUUGGAGAUAAUGGAGGCAUUCAGCAAGACUAAAUUAUAUCAGAUUAAAUCAGAAAUUUCUUAGCUGAUAAACUUGACUCAAUUAAUGCCAUUUGUUUUAUUCUUAAAAUUUAUGGAAGGGAUAUAGCUGAGAAUUUCAUCUGCUUGAUAACCUUUUGUGAUGGCGGUGAACCUUAAGUUGUUGAGGCUUUGAAAUAUCAUGGUGAAAGCAACGAAAAUGAAAACACAUUUUAAAAACCAUUAUCAAAUUCUAUAUUUUAAGAUUUAAUCCCUCAAAUUAAAGAGCCAUGGUAUCUUAAAUUUAAUAAUUCUGCCUUAUAUAAAAAUAACAAAUCUGGUAAUAUUUAAAUAGCUAAAAUGUACUGGGAUAUUGGAUGGUAAAGUUUUGAUAUCUUUAUGAAGUAAAAGAUUUAACUUUUACCAAGAAAAAGUCUUGUUAAAAUGAAAGAAAUUUCAGAAGAGUAAAAUAGAAUUGAGAGAAUCGAACAAGCAAAAUAAUCUUAAAUUUUAACAGGUUUUUAGAUCAAUGAGACUAAUAGGUAAGAUGAGUAAUAAUUCGAAGUUAAUAAUAAUCAAACUAAGCCAAACUAAGAUUUUUAUAAACAUUAACAAAAUGAUGAAAUUCCCUAACCGAACGCAUAACCUGUAUAAUAAGUUAACAAUGGUUUAAGGCACAACAAUAUUUCUAACCUUAAUUAAUGCAAAACUAAAGAUAAUAAAACUGAACCAUUGAUUAUGAGUGAGGGGGUUAAAAUAGAAAAUUCCUAUAUAAAUCCAUCAAAAUCCUAAUUUGAAUAGAAUGAAAACUUAAACUUUGCAAAAUCUUAGGAAGUUAAAAAAGACUUUCUAUUUUAAAUAGGUAAUAAGGAAUUCAGUAAAAAGCAAAAUAAGAUGGCCAUCGGAGCAUGUUAUUUUGAUUCUUGUAAAAAAUAUAUUGAUUAAAUAAUUUAAUAAGAAUAAGCAGAGAAAAAGAAAGGGACCUAAGGAAAAAUUAAAGUUUUAAAAGCUCUUAAUACCUAAUUCAAGAAAGCUUAGGAAGCUUACAAAGGAGAUAAAUGUUAAAAACAAUUCGAAACUGAGAAAUCGUCAGAGCAGAGAUCGGCUCAUACAUAAUGUGCUUGCCAAUAGCUAAAGACUCCCCAGAGUUCAUUCACCGAUCAUUGA